AUGAGGAGCCUGCCCUACCUUCUCCUUCUGCCCUGGGGUGCCUGUUUUCCCCUGCUGGACGGGAGAGGACCAGAGGAUGGCAAAGAAUCCCGGAUGGGCUGGCCUCAGUUGGCCGAGGGGCGCAGACCCCAUUCUGCGUGGGGUCCCUCCCCGUGGUGGCGGGGGCCACCACAGACGCCAGCCCUGCUCAUGGUGGCUAAGGAGCUCGAAGCGUCCCGUAGGGAACAAGCUGGCUUCCGCCUGGAGAGGCAGGAGGGCGGCCAGGCCACCGCUUUCCUGCCCGGUGGCGGGGAGAAGGCCAGUGGCCCCUUGGGAAGCCUGGCCGAGGAGCUCAGCAGUUACAGCAGGAAGAAAGGUGGCUUCCGCUUCCGCUUUGGCCGGUGAGAGGCUUCUGCAGGGACUCUG